CACACACACUGAGCUUUGAAUAAGGAGCUCAGCAGUGACAUGACUGUCGCUCCACUCUAGUGUGAGAGAACCCAAGACUCACUAGAUCCCGACUCCGUUCUCUGCGUGGACGCUGCAGAGAACCGUUGAUGGCUUCAUGAUAGAUGAACACGUCUGAGCACCUGGAGGACACCUCACCGAUCUCCCCAAGGAAAUGUGCUUCAGACGGUGAACCAGGCGAGGCUGAAGAACCGUGAAGCGUGGUGCCGAUGGAUCUUUCUACAGCAUUUGUUCUCGUCAGCGUGUUAACGACAGCAAAGGCGCUGAUCGAUUCUGAUGACGUCAUUACUCGGGAUGAGCAAAUUUUCCUCCUGAUUCGUGCACGGGCAAGGUGUGAGAGAAGCAUCCGAGCCCAGCUGAGCACGGUACGAGAAGGCGACUGCGUGCCGGAGUGGGACGGCAUCAUCUGCUGGCCGAGAGGGAAGCGCAAUCAGCUUGUAGCUGUGCCUUGCCCUGAGUAUAUUUAUGACUUCGACCACAGAGGUCAUGCGUACCGUAACUGCGAUGAGUUUGGGAACUGGGAGCAGGUUCCCACCAUCAACCGUACCUGGGCUGAUUACACUGAGUGCACGAUGAAGCUGCAGUCUAACCAUGGCAGGCAGGAGGAGGAGGUGUUCAGGCGGCUUCAUGUGAUGUACACUACGGGUUACUCCAUCUCGCUGACCUCAUUACUGGCAGCCGUCUUCAUCCUCUGCUACUUCAAACGUUUACACUGCACUCGUAACUACAUCCACACCCACCUGUUCACCUCCUUCAUAUGCCGAGCAGUCAGCAUCUUCGUGAAGGACGCUGUGCUCUAUACAGAGGAAGACGACCAAGCCGAGUAUGGAGAAGUGGGAACCCGAGCUCAGAUGGUGGGCUGUAAAGUCGCCGUGACCUUUUUCCACUAUUUCUUGGCGACCAAUCACUACUGGAUCCUGGUGGAGGGCCUGUACCUGCACAGUCUGAUCUUCAUGGCUUUCCUGUCUGAUAAAAAUUACCUGUGGGCUCUAACCAUCAUAGGCUGGGGUGUUCCCGCUGUAUUUGUCUCAAUUUGGGUCAGCGUUCGAGCCUCGCUGGCUGAUACCCAAUGUUGGGAUAUCAGUGCAGGGAAUGUGAAAUGGAUUUUUCAAGUUCCGAUCCUCGCAGCCAUCACUGUCAACUUCUUUCUUUUCCUCAACAUCAUCAGGGUUUUGGCGUCAAAGCUGUGGGAGACGAACACUGGGAAACUGGACCCGAGGCAGCAGUACAGGAAGCUGCUGAAAUCGACCCUGGUGCUGAUGCCGCUCUUCGGGGUGCACUACAUGGUGUUUAUGGGUCUUCCUUACACAGAGGUCAACGGGCUGCUUUGGCAAAUCCAGAUGCACUACGAUAUGUUCUUCAAUUCGUUACAGGGCUUUUUUGUGGCCUUCAUCUACUGUUUCUGCAAUGGAGAGGUGCAGGCGGAGGUAAAAAAGGCGUGGCUAAGGCGGAGCCUCUCUCUGGACAUCAAGCAAAAGGCACGUGUAGUCAGCAGCACCGGGGGUGGGAGCUGUUACUACGGCGGUAUGACAUCACACACCACCACACAAAGCAUCUCCCUUGGCACCCAGGGACCAAUUCUGGCUCGGGGAGUGUCCUUAGGAGUCAGAGGCCAAUCGCACGUCGCUAACCUGCAUGUCGCCACACCCAACGAGACCGCAGAGAUCACAUUACCCACAGUUCAGAAGUCAGAGCUGAGAAGGGCCGACAGCAUGGGGUUACUGUAUGAUCAGAAUGGACAAAACAUUGUAGGACGUCGAGUAGAGGAGGAGGAAUUCGAAAAAGAUCCAUCGCUAUACUUUAUACCUGAAGAUCUUUCCGCUUCAAAAGAUCUGGAAACAAUUCUAUGAAAAACCUCUCGUGAUAUGUUGUUGAAUUUCAUCUGGAUAGCGGGUCAAGCGUCAUGUUAAAUGUCUGAAACUGAUGUGCCGUGACAUUAUUUGAUGCCCGGAUGUGUGUGUUCACUGUUUUGUAUAUCGUGUUUUUAUUAUUUCCUUAGUCAAAACUACUGACGUGACCAGAGUUUGUAUUUAGUCAUGCAUAUUUAUUUGAUGAUUAGAUAUCAUGACCUACUGCAGUGAAAGUAAGAACUUAGGAUAGUCCCUAUCCUUCUUCUUUAUUUUGUUGUUUUACUACCUGGAACCGAAAUUGGACUCAAUUGUGAUUUUAUAAAAUAUGUCAAACAUGCGAAGGUGCAAAAUAUAUUGUUUUUAUUGCGACACAAAGACUAAUUAAAUAAUAAGUAAGCAGAAAUGGAUCAUUUUGGCGUCCACAAUUACAACUGUAAGUCUUCUUGGAAAAUGUCUCCUAUUAGCUUUUUAUCUGGAGCCUGGUAUUUUUUGCCUAUUCUUUUUGGUAAAAUUGCUCAAGCUCUGUCAGAUUGGAUGCACACCAUUGGUGAACAACAAUGUUCAAAGUCUUACCUCAGAUUCUGAAUGGGUUUGACUACUGGGACAUUCUAACAUAUUCAGCUUCGUGGUUUUGAGCCACUCCAGUGUCGCUUUCGGAUGAAUAUUUCUUGUUAUUCCUACACUCAACCAUGACCAGUUUCUCAGUCUGUGCCGAUGAAACGCAUUGGCGCAAAACGAUGCUACCACCACCAUGCUUUACAGUGGGGAAGGUUUUCUCAGGGAAACGGAAACAGCAGUCUUGGAUUUUUGUUAUUAUUGUUUUGAAUUAUUGUUUUGGAUUAUGAAUUAUUAUUAUUUAAAAAAUAAAAAAAUCUCUCUUCUCAUCAGUCUUCUACAAAGCCCAGCAUUGUGGAAUGUCUGCGGUGUGGUCUUGUAAAAACUUUCAGAUUCAGUGUCAGU